AUGCUGCAAACCCGCCACAAUGCACGACUCCCCGUUCGAUCAGUACUUCUGCAAAUAGGACAAGGGAUCCAAAAGCUGCAGAGCAUCUCCGGACGUACAGCGCGGAUGCGUCUCCUCCAGUCCGAACCAUGGCGACCAGCUUCUCCCCAUGGGGGACACAGCUUCGCGCUCGGGUACCAGAUGCGCCCCACUCUAGAGAAUGUGACAAGGGAGGCUGCAUAA